AUGGCAGGGGCUGGCAGAGGAGACGGACAAGGACCGGCGGUCGGAAAACUCGAGUCCCAGAUUUAUUGUAUCAAGUACACUUUAUUUUGCUUCAACGUUGUACUGUGGUUAUUUGGAGUAUCAAUAUUCGCGCUAUGUUUGUGGAUAUGCAUCGAACCGGGCUUCAACGAGUGGAUGAGAAUAUUGGAGUUGCAAAAAUAUUUUAUUGGCAUUUACAUCAUCCUUAUCGGUUCACUCGGCAUCAUGGUGCUAGCGUUCCUAGGGUGCGGGUCCGCUCUUAUGGAAAAUGUUAAAUUACUUUAUAUGUACAUAGCAACACAAAUAGCUCUAUUUUUGUUUGGUCUGGUCGGUGCGUGUAUAGUUUUGGACUUCUCGACAUACGAUUCGAGCAUCCAGCCUCUCAUCAAAGAUGUCAUCUUACGUCUUAUGAACAACCCUCAACAUGAAGGCAGUAGAACUAUACUACGGAUGGUACAGGAAGGGAUCGGUUGUUGUGGGGCUGAUGGCGCAAUAGACUUCAUCAAUCUGAACAAGCCUUUACCAUCUGAAUGUCGUGAUUCAGUCACCGGCAACGCAUAUUUCCAUGGUUGCGUCGACGAACUCACGUGGUAUUUGGAAGGCAAAACAGGGUGGCUGGCAGGCAUUGUUCUUGCCUCGUGCAUGAUUUGUGUUAUCAACGCCGUCAUGUCCUUAGUCCUGAUCCAAGCAGUGAAGAAGGAAGAGGAAGAAUCGAUUACAUAUAAAAAU